AUGUUCCAUUUGUUUGGUAGUAGUUUUCCUUCCAUGGUUUCUAGCUGGAAUGACCUUUUGCUUACUGCCACCGUGAUUUUGUAUGGACCUUCCCAAUUGGUUCCCAAAUUUCCUUCUCGUGGGUCUUUGCUUGCUUAUGUUUUGGCUUUGAGCCCUUUCGAGGAUGGUAUCUUUUUGGUUAAUAUCAACCCGGCUCGCAUGGACUUCCGGUCUUUCUUAGUUGUCAACUUUAUUGCAAUUUUCAGUUCUCUAGUUACUCCUACACAAGAAGCAACAGUUAUGGAUCUGAUUGAGGAGCGCUGGGAAGAAUGGAUUAGGGAGAUGCCCUUGAAGAUCACUUACCCAGCUCUGGAAGGACAUGAAUGGAGAAUUGUCACCGGAUUUGAUCCAAAAAACAUAGGGCGGAGUUACCUUAUUGGUGAGUCUUGGCUGGGUUAG